AAAUGGCGAGUGUUACUGAACUGAAAGCUGUUUUAAAGGACACCUUGGAAAAAAGGGGAGUGUUAGGACAUUUAAAAGCAAGGAUCCGUGUUGAAGUUUUCAGUGCUCUGGAUGAUGAUCAUGAACCCCGAUCAUCAUUGUCUCAUGAAAACCUUCUAAUUAAUGAAUUAAUUAGAGAGUAUUUGGAAUUCAACAAAUAUAAGUACACAGCCUCUGUCCUCAUAGCAGAAUCUGGUCAACCUGUAGUUCCAUUGGACAGACAGUUUCUCAUCCGUGAACUGAAUGCCUUUGAAGAAUCAAAGGAUAACUCAAUUCCUCUGUUAUAUGGAAUUUUAGCCCAUUUCUUGCGUGGUCCUCCAGAUGGCAUCCAGAAUGUGCUUCUGACAGAGUCGACACUCCAGCCUCCAAACAGGCAUCCCAGCUGGAAGCCCAGCAGAAAACCAAAGGAUGACCACCUGAGGAAGGACACGGUCCUGAGCACCGCGACUGAAGAACUGCCUGCAUGCUGCUGCACAAGCAGUCAGUAG